CCCUCACUUCCUCCCUCACUCUCUUCCUUUCUUUGCCAUUGAGGACACCAUCAUCCACUACUCGCCUUAAUUCCAAUCGGCCGCUCCUUUGCAUUCUCCUUUCUUCCUCGCAAUGCUUCACUCAUGUUCACCGAGGUUCUUGCGGUGGUUGCCAUCGCAUGGGCCUUCUUCAUAGCCUGUGUCUGUGCGAUUGGCGACUUUUUCCUAUUUCGUUAUUAUCGGUCGGUCCCUCCUCGUGCAGCAGUCCUUUCAAAGCCUGUGGAAGAGAUUCCCCAUGUCACCGUUCUCCGCCCAUGUAAAGGACUUGAGCCUUACCUCUACGAAUGCCUAGCUUCAACAUUCUCCCAGAACUACCCUCGGACCAAACUGUCCGUCUAUUUCUGUGUCUCCUCUCGACAGGACCCUGCGUAUCCAGUUAUUCAACGAGUCGUCCGAGAUCAUUCCGGUUAUGAUGCCCAUGUCUUUGUCGAAGAGGAGGACGAUACUUCCCCGGACCAGCAGCAUAUCAGGGUUCACCUCGGCCCGAAUCCUAAGAUUCGAAACAUGAGCAGAGCAUACAGAGAAGCCAAGGGUGAUUUGAUCUGGAUUAUCGACUGCAAUGUCUGGGUUGACCGUGGCGUGUGUGGCCAGAUGGUGGAUCGAUUGUGCGGGUUUACAGCACCAGGCCAGUCUCCAGCCAGGCCAUUUAAACUAGUCCACCACCUGCCCAUCUCUAUCGACGUCGAGGCUACAAGCAACGACCGGGAAGCAAGCAGAUUCAGUCACGAUACCCCCACCACACCGCUCAUAUCUUCGUCUACCCAUUCCUCAGGCCAGAUAUCCGCAUUGUUGAGACAUGGCGGCCGUCUCGAAGAGCUCUUCCUCUCAUCUUCCCACGCAAAGAUGUAUGUGGCAAUCAAUGCUGUGGCAGUCGCUCCAUGCAUCGUAGGCAAGUCCAACAUGUUCCGUAAGUCUCACCUAGACUACCUGACUAGUCAAGCGGCACGCCACCAAGACCCAUCCGUUGACGCGGUCACCAUAUCUGCUCGAACGGGUAUUGAUUAUUUCUCACACAAUAUCUGCGAGGAUCAUCUCAUCGGAGACUUGUUGUGGAAGUCUCCAUCCUCGCGAGUUCCUGGUUUACCCACCAAAAUUCGCAACCACGGCCUUGUUUACGGUGAUCUGGCGAUUCAACCGGUCUCGGGGAUGACUGUCGGGAAUUACAUUGCACGGCGGGUACGGUGGCUAAGAGUACGAAAAUUCACCGUUCCUGUGGCCACUCUUGUUGAGCCCGGUACAGAAAGCUUUUUGUGUAGUGCAUAUGGGGCUUGGGGGUUGACAACCUCUUCCUACACUCGAGACAUAUUUGGGCACACCUGGGCAUGGUUUCUGGUCUGGAUUUCGAUUAUUCUGGUGGGGUGGGCAAGUGUAGACCGAUGUGUUUAUAUCUUGCUGCAUUCUGGAAGGACGCUUGACUUUCAGCAGCAGCAGCUUGACCGUGGUAAUCUGCACGACUCUGGCUCUAUGGAAGAUCAGCCAGUGCCACGAAUUCCGUUCUUCGCUCGUCCCGCGGGCGACGGUGGACCUCGUCGGCCCUUUUCUAGUUGGCUUCUUGCCUGGCUGGGGCGAGAGUCGCUCGCUCUUCUAAUCUGGACGUGGGCGAUAUGGGGCGGAGUCACUGUGACCUGGCGUGAGAGACGAUUCUGGGUGGGAAUAGAUAUGAAGGUACAUGAGAUCCACGACAAAGACGACCGCAUGAAUAAGGGGGAGGGCCCAUUAGAUGGGAGAUCAGAACGAUUGGAUUCCGCCAACACAAGCUCGAGGUCGAGUAGUAUAGAAACAGGCGUUCGGGGUGGAAUAGAGGAUCAGCGGGUCCAUUGACAAGCGGAAAGCAGGCCCGGGACAAACACGACAGAUCAGUGGCCAAUUAUUGUAUAGUGUAUGUAUAGAAUAAGGGAGCUCCAAGUAGCUCUUGAUACCGCUUACUAGCCAAUUACCCGAUUGAA